GUAAUACAGUAGGUGGAGUCAAGGAAAUCUAUCUGAAAAGAUCAGCCGAACAUUACAUCUGUGGCGGGAUGAGGAACCUGGCAAUACGACUCAGUUGUGAUGGCCUUGCUUCCGAUCUGGUGGCAGCUAUGCAUUUUUUUCGUCACUGCAAAUAAUCGUGUUGUCGGUGCCACAGAUUUUCUCCUUUCGAAACCAAGGUGCUACAUCCCAUGUGGUCAGAUUUGCCAGGCUGCCAUCCACUGUUAUUGGGAUGCAUGGCCGGAUCAUAGCGUCUCCACUAACUACACUCUGCACUGGGAGCCACCUCGUCACAACAAAGACCAUGUGAACACUGGUAACCCGAGUGGGAUUAUCCACCGUGAAAACUUUGCAAGCCACCGUGAAUUAAGUGUUUGGGUCCAGGCUGUACACCAGAAUGGUUCUGCCAAAUCCCCGAGAAGUGUUUUUGACACAGGCAAAAUCCAGAAACCUCCUGCGCCAAGUAUUACAUCCAGCCACAGGGAUCCAAUGGAAAUUCACUGGGACCUGACCUGUGAAAAACUACAUUUAGGAAUGGGAUCUUGUGAUGUUCGGCAUCGCGCUGAGACUGAAAAAGACUGGGUUAAGACUGAUGUUGGAUCGCACACCAGCUAUGAGCACCGCCAGCCCGUGCAGCCUGGUUUGACCUAUGAAUUUCAGGUCCGCUGUGCAUGUUCUACUGGACUGAUGAGUGACUGGAGUGGGACCACCAAAAUCCUGAGCCAAGAAAUGACCCCCGUGGGUGAGCUGGAUGUUUGGAGAGACUGCAAGGUGUCCCAGCAAAAACUCUCCUGUGUGUUGCUGUGGAAGAAACUUCCAAGGUCUCAGGCUCGAGGAGAAAUUCUAGGAUAUACUGUGUUAAAUAGUGGGAUUUGGUAUAAUAUUUCCACUGCACGACCAGGCCGCCAGUUGGUGUGUGAUAAAACAAAGUGCUAUCUUAAUGUCUCUCUCAUGUCUUCAGCCAAAAUAUGGGCGUAUAACUCCGUCGGAGCCUCUGCGCCUGCCUAUCUUCAUUUCCCUCAACCAGAUAUAGAAAACAACAAGGAAAUACUCAGUUUCCAGAUGAAUCCAGAGAAACUUGAUGUGCAGUGGGAUCCCCCUGCUCACCUCUCUGCCAGAGACACUGGUGAUGACUAUGUUGUUCAGUACAAACAAGUUGGGCAACCUUUAGGACAAGGUUUUGAUUGGUUAAGAGUGAAUCAGAGUGGUACAUCAAUAACAUUUCAAGAUCAAUUCAGGAAGUAUAGACCUUACCAAGUCUCGCUGUAUUCCGUCUCACAUGAGGGAACAAGUCGCCAGCAUUCAUCAGUCAUCGCGUAUUCUGGACAGACAAUCCCACCACAGGUGCCUUCCUUCAAAGUGAUAAAGAUCAAUGCCUAUAGUGUGGCCUUGUUUUGGGAGCCAAUUCCGCUGUCCAUGCAGAAUGGAGUGGUACUGUACUACCAAAUAGGAGGGGCGACUCCCAAUGAUGUGCACAAUGUGUCUGCAGUCCCUCAUAAUGAAAACAGGACUUUUGAGCUGAAGGGCCUCAGUCCAGGUCGCAAUUACGAAGUGUGGAUAAAGGCGGUGACUGUAGCUGGACCUGGAGCCAAUGUUUCCGCAAAAUUCAAAACAAAGAGUGAAGAACAAACUGUACAUUUUAUUCUAGCAGUGCUUGGUUCUGCUGCCUUGAUUACAAUUGUCUGCGCGUGCAUUUUUGUCAGAGCAUAUCGGGGAGACACCCUGUCUUCUCCCCUGUGUUUUGACAAAAAUGUUCCAGAUCCUCACAACAGCCUAAUUUUACAACAGUUGAAGAAUCAAAUAAAUGAUCAUUCAGUCUGGCUCCUCUCUCCCCUCUGUGAGCCACAUCCUGAAAUAUCUGUAUUGGAGGUUGUUGAGAACAAACCAGCAACGUUCUUCAGUGGCUGCUUGAAGACAUUUAACCUGGACCAGCAGAUGGAAGAUAGCAGCAGCUCAGUGGAGAGUGACAGGAUGGAUCAAAGAUCCAAAAAAGAGGACUAUAGCCAGAUGUUGGACUCUGAUGGCGAGCAAGGUGGGCAGCAGCUGCUGGACCAUGAGGAACACUGGAAUUCAUCACAGGAGGAUUUCAGCUCGGGAUAUGAAAAGCAUUUCAUGCCUACACCUCAGGAAUUACUGGGCUGCUAACCCCUGAGAUCAGUCAUGGGAUGAAUAAUGACGGCAAACGGGGAAGAUCAUGUCAGUUUAUAUUUAUUUUCAUCCUUGGAGAACACUUGAAAUGUUUUCCUGAGUGUUACUAACAUUUUCAAACAUGCAGUAUUGAUCUUGCAUAUCAUGUCAGUGCCAUGGCAUUCUUUUUUUAUUGAGGUUUGAAUUUUUGCCCUCUGGAAAUGAACGGGCAAAUAAACUAAUAUGUA